CUUCCUCCCAUCGCUCCCCUUUCCCCCUUCUUCGGCCCCGCCUUCCUUAUGCUCCUUUCUUCCUCUCCCUUUUCUCCCUACGGUCUUCUUCCCCUCCUUUUUUUCUCAGUUCCUUCCUUCCUCUUUCUUCUUUCCCCCCUCCGACCCGUCUCCCUUUCCCCCUUUUUCUGCUUCCUUCCCCUCUCCCUCUCUUCCUCCUCUUUUCUCCCCCUCCUCUUUUUCUCUUUCCUCCCUCCAGUUCUAGUUUUCCUCUUCUCUGUCCUCUCCCCCCUCCCUCUUUCAUUUCCCCCUUUCCUUACUCCCUCCCCAUUUCCUCUUUUCCUUCCACUCCUUUCCCUUUCCAUUCUCCUUAUCCUCUUCUUUCACUUCUUUUUUAGACCUUCCCUCCCCCUCCUCUUCUUUCAGCAGUCCCCUACCCUUUUGAGCUUGCAGCCUCAGAGCUUCUCUCCCCCAUUCCAGUGCAUCUUCUUGUUGUACCCCUCCAUCCCAGUGAAGCUCUUGGACUGAUGCGCCUCCUCAUGGGCAUAAAUACUGCUCUGACACCAUUUUUAUUAGAUAGAAGAAAGCUUGGAAGGCUACAAAGAUUUCCCAUAAACUUUCAUACAAAAAUUGGGCGGGAAAUAAUUUUCUUUUAAAAAAUGCUAGCUUGUCUGAUGCUACAAAGGUGGGUUUUGUUCAUCUAGCAAAUCAUAAAAUAAUAAUUAAUUUUUGGUUUUAUAGCUGGAUGAACAGCGUGAAGAACAGAUGUAAGACAGGGUAGUGCCAGUUCAAGUUUAGGUUUUAGAAGAAAAGCAGGAAGUAAUAGUGAUGUAACUACCAUCAUAGCCGAGUUAGGGAAUGGAUGGCUCAUGGGGGAUCACAGGCCUGUGCGGGUCAUGAUUUCUUGGGGAGAUCUCUGCCUAUAGAGCUCUUUGAUUUUCAUUUGUACAGCCUCCAUAGGGGUAUGCACACGUCCCACCUCAGUGCGCACAGUUCUACACUAUCCACAAGGCCUCGGGCGGGGUGCCCCACCCCCUGCCUCCAGCCAGCCCCAGAGACCAAGGUUUCUCCCUCUCCAGGAGACAGGCGCCUGGUGCUGUCUGGCUCUGUGAAUGGCCAGCUCUCGGGUUGCGGGGACCUGUUGGCCUCGGAGCAGCACCUGCUUGUGCUGCGCAUGGAGACAGAAGGAAGCCCAGCAGAGAUGCAGGCCUGGGCUGCAGCCCCUGAGCUCCAAGGCACACCCCUGUGGACACGACAGAUCCUGCAGCGGGGAGGCCCCCUGAAACCUGCUGUGCUACCCUUAGCUCCUGAGCCUGGGUGGUACGUGAGCCCCACGCAGCCUUUCUCCCAGCCCCUGUGUCCUGAUCUGAAGGCCCGCCAGCUGGUGUUGGGGGCAGAGCAUGCCCUGCUGCUGGGUGGAAUGGGGCAGGUGUAUACGUGGGGCACAGGCAGACUCGGACAGCUGGGCCACGGGGCCCUGGAGGCAGAGCUGGUGCCCCGACCAGUGGAGGCACUUCUGGGGCUAGCCAUGGCUCAAGUUGCAGCUGGCGGAUGGCAUUCCCUCUGCGUGAGUGAGGCCGGUGAUCUCUAUAUCUGGGGCUGGAAUGAAUCUGGGCAACUUGCAUUGCCUUCCAGAACCAUAGCAGAAAGAGAGAAGACAGUGGCAGGUGCUUCUGGGCUCUCCUCGUGCAUGCCUGAAGCAAAGAUACCAGCCACGGAUGGGGAUGGAGAUCUUGCUCAGUUCAUAGCAAUCCAGCCUUUCCCAGCCUUACUAGAUCUUCCCAGUGGCUCCGAGGUCAUCAAGGCCAGCUGUGGAUCCCGACAUACGGCUGUGGUGACUCGAGAUGGUGAUCUCUACACUUGGGGCUGGGGUAAAUAUGGGCAACUUGGCCACAAGAAUACUGCCAGUUUGGAUCAGCCCCAACGGGUAGAUUAUUUCACAGAUAAUCUGCUCCAUGUGGAAGCUGUGAUCUGUGGGCCAUGGAAUACUUAUGUGUAUGCUGUGAAAGGGAAGACCUGACUUCCUGGAUAAUUGGACAAAACCCCAUUGAGGUUGAAGAAUCUUGAGGCAAUUUUGUGUACUCUUUUUAUAGGUACAGAAAACAAAAUUAAGGAAAAAAGGAUGGAAAACUCUUGCCCCUGUUUACCAUCUGUAUUGCUACUGGCAAUUUAAAAGUCAAGAAACCAAAAGAUUAGUGUAGGAUAGCCCUACUUCCUCUAGCCCAACCCUGAAAUUUGCUUGAUUAAAAGAAAAAAAAAAAUCUUGAAAACUUUCAGUAAGAUAAUUCAGGUCUUAUUUUUGGCAGUUUUGAAAUGCUAAUGACAUAUGUAAUUUUAUACUAAAACUAAACUCUGGGGGUCAUGUAAUUGAAUAUCGGAGUCACAAAAAACUUGCCAACAGUAAAAAGUUUCUUAAUACAACCAUUAAAAAUCUUAAAAAUGCGUGAUAUAUUCAAGGUAUUUCUGGCAACACUUAAGCCAAAAAAAAUAUUCAUAACCCAAGUGUCUGGUAAUGUACCUUUUUUCCACUUGAAUCACGUUUCAAAGUUCUAGAUUAGGAAUUGAACUUUACUUAGGAAGCAGAUAUAUUUAGAGUGAAAGGAAGACAGCACACUCUUUAGAAAGACAAAAACCUUGACACUUCCUACUUUGUAGAGAUGUUUGAUGUUUUAUUUUAUUGAAAUGUUUUACUUUCAUGUUAAAAUUCCUCCAACUUAGACCAUUUUUUAAUGCAUGAAAUAUGGUAUUGUGAUCAACUUUUUUUUUUUCUUUUAGAUACCAGAUAAGCCAGUAGGGUCCCCCCCAAAAAGGGACUCUUAUUGAAUUAUAGAACUGUAUAGUAGAAGAUAUAGCACUGCAGCCUCUGUCUUCCAACUUGUUAGUUCAGAGUUAGUUUCCAUUGUCUCUUUACUCCUCUCUGUCUUCUCAUCUUUAAAAUGAGGUCUCAGGUUCCAUGUGAGGGAAGGAUGGUUGCUUCAGUGCAUGUGGGAAAACAUUCCCACUUUGUAAAGUUUACAUAUUAAUACAUUGAUAGUUUCUUGUAGUGUAAAAGGCUCAACAUUUUCCUGAUUCCAAUUCCAAUUUAUAGUAUUCUUAGAAAAAAGAACUAUUUUUUAUACUUAACUUUUAUAAAGUAAAUAAAUCAUUAUUUGUUUUAUAUGAUGCAUACUCUUUCAUUAGGAAACAGCUCGGUACAAUGGAGAGACACGGGUUCAAAUCAGUUUUACCUCCUUGAAUUUUCUAAUUUGCAAAAACGAAAUGUCCACUGUGAAAUGACUAGAUAUAGAGGACAAAUUCAUAUACAAACUUUUGACAACCAUUUAAUGUGACGAACAUAGCAGCAUGUGCUCAGGCAUACAAAUUAAAAAAAAAAAAACCCAAUUAGAGAAUAAAAAGUGCUAUGGGGGGAAGUCAGAGUGAUAAAGUACAUAAGCAUGAUUCUUCAGCAUUGUGAAUGAUAACCAAGGCAGUUCCCUAGCACUAGAAAUAGUUUCAGAUUUUUACUCUUAAAAUCAAUAACCAAUUUUGUAACUAUCCCUCCACCUCAAUCUUACUGUACAAGAGGAAGGUAAACAUGAACAAGGACACUAGACUCAGACUUGAGUUGACUAAAGAGGACAUGACCACACACAUAACUGCAAAGCUAAGAGGCUUAACUCAGGGAGGAAAGAGACAUAACAACGAAAAUAACUAAAAACAACAUAAAUGGGGGGGGGGGGGGGGGGGAAGGGGCAAGUUCUCUUCUUUCCAGGGAUUUAGCCUAAUCUUUCUAGUCAGUUCUUUGGCAGUAUUUUAUGUUUUUCUUAUAAACAGUUUCAAUUUCAAAUGUAGAUUACAUGUACUGUACUUAUAGUAGACUGUCCUAAGUGAUAUUGAAGGGGAUAUCCUUUUGAGAAGAGAUAACAAAGCUAAAAAGGGGUUCAUUAAAAAUUCACAAAUCGAAAGUUUUUUAAAAGUAUGAGUCAAAAUUACACCAUGAAAAAGUAUAAGCUAUACAAGGGAGGGAUUGAUUCAACCAGCCAUCUUCUGUUCCAUAAAG